AAAUAAAAGCCUAUCGCGUUCGCCAUAGACGCUAGCACAAGCUGCUCUCCAUAGCUCACAAGCUCUGCAGUAUGCUGACGCUCUCAUCUCCACCUCUUCAACUGAAGCCUUCAUUUCCUUUUCCACAUAGAUCCCUCACAUCUUUUCCUACUUUAGUAGAUAUUUCAAAUCAAAAAAAGUAUUCUCUCCAUUGUUGCACAAUUUGCAACAAUAAAGACGAAAGAGAACAGAAUGGAAUCAUGGAGAAUUUGAAGGGUAGACGACUCCUUGUGUUUCUUGUCUCUUCAAGCUUAUUUCCAACUUUGCCCUCAAUUGGGAAAACAAAGAUGAAGAACCCAUAUGACGAAAAACGUCUACUCGAACAAAAUAAAAGGGUUCAGAGAGAAAAUAAUGCCCCCGAUGAGUUCCCAAGUUUUGUUCGAGAAGGGUUUGAGGUUAAAGUGGUUGCAUCAGACAACUAUGUAAAGCGAGAUUCCGGACUUAUAUACCGUGACUUUGUAGUUGGAACCGGUGAUGUCCCAAAGUCUGGUCAGCAGGUGACUUUUCAUUAUAUUGGUUACAAUGAAUCCGGGCGUCGUAUCGAUAGUAGUUAUCAACAAGGCACUCCCGCCAAAAUACGCAUGGGCACCAAUGCAUUGGUCCCAGGAUUUGAAGAAGGCAUAAAAGACAUGAAACCUGGUGGGAAGAGGAGAAUCAUCAUUCCUCCAGAACUUGGACCUCCAGUUGGGCCUUCUACAUUCUUCAGCGCAAAACAAUUUGAAGUUUUUGAUGUGGAACUACUUGGUGUUAAGGAUUGUACAAGGAGAACCAUCGCAUUUUACUCUGAUGUCAUAUGUGAUUAAAUUCACAAAGAGUUUUAGUAGCAAUUUUGUACAUCCAUUUCAAUUUGAUCUUGUUAAAAAUGUGUAAUGUAUUCAUUAAAUAUAGUGUUAGAUCAUAUUAUGAUUUUAGUUCGUAGUUUA